AUCCAGCUUGAUUGGUCUCUCAUACUUGAAUACUCGGUGGAGACCGGAGACGCAUACUUUUCACUUGCCCACUAGAGAGGCCACCAUCACGCUGGAGGAUGUUCAGGUUUUGUACGGGCUGCGCGUAGAUGGACAGGCCGUGGCACUGCCCCAGUACAUUAGAUCCAUGACACGUGGACAAUAUUUGGAUAUGAUGGGGCAGUUUACUGGUUAUAGACCUCAGGGUAAUGUUGUACAGAGAGGGGGCAGUCACGUUGCUUUGUCUGGCAUCAGAGAUCAUAUGGCGUUUUUGCACCCAGACAUUACCGGCGAGACGGAGGAUCUCCAUAUUGAGAGCUGGGGUGUUGCUGUUCUCGCAUACCUGUAUAGGAGCAUGUGCCGGGCGAGCAUGCUUUGCGUGGUGGACAUAUGUGGAUUUCUGUCCCUCCUACAGCGGAUCAUGCCAUUGCAGCCACCUCUACCACCACUUGCGGCCGGUGAGGCUUAUCCAUUUCUCCCUCUAGCUUCUAGGUGGGUUCUCCGGCGUGGGAACUACCGAGGGACCGAUGCUUAUCAUCCCCCUUGUCAGGGAUGUGUUAGAUAUGCUGGUGGCCGGACAGGUAAAUAUUUCAUUUGGACGCCAUACAGUGACGAGUUGCUAGCUCAGUUGCCCGAUUAUUGCUUAGUCGACCAACUGCUUUGGAGCACCUCCGUCCCGAUGAUCUUCUUCGAUGUGGUUGAGUAUCAUGCCACAGAGCGUGUGCUUCGCCAGUUUCACCGUCCCCAGCCGAUACCUAGGGAUCCUGGAUGGGUGGCUAUACACUAUCAGCGGGAUGACCGUGCCAGGCUGGACGAUAUAUAUAUGGGAUGGCUGGAGCAGCAGGUCCUUAUUUGGGAGAAGCACCGAGCUGACCGUAUUCCGCUAGCACCUACAUUUACCCAGGAGGCCACUAUUCAUAUGUAUGCAUCAUGGUACCGCCGUCACACCCGACUGAUUAACGGGAACCCCAUUCAUGUACUUGGCAAGCGCUACAGACUAUACGCCGGGAGACACGAGGCACUGGCUAUUGUGCAUCAUCACCUCUACCAGUUGGGACAGGAGAUGCAGCAGCAUACCGACAUCCCUGCAGUCGUUGACUAUGGUCGGCGGGUGGCACAGUUGGCUCGUCGGACCCUGUUUCAGGAGAGAGAUGCCGUGAGGUUGGACCACGAGGCUCAGUAUGAGGCGCCAGAGGACUACCAUCGGGGUAGGGUUGUCCCACGAGGCAGGGGUAGGGCACGAGGGAGGGGUGCCCCACGAG